AUGGAAGCAAUUUCCCCAGAGACAGCUCGAACGAGCACGGCCAACCUCACUCUUGAGCAAAUCGCUGCGAAAUCUGUCGAUAUGUCGUCCUCCCAAUCAGCAGAAGCCCUCAAAGAUAUAGCCUUUGGAUCCCUUGCUGGUGCAAUUGGAAAAAUGAUCGAAUAUCCAUUCGACACGGUGAAAGUCCGUCUACAAUCACAGCCACUCCACCAUCCAAUGUACAGCGGUCCACUAGAUUGCUUCCGACAAUCUAUCAGAUCCGACGGCGUUGUUCGUGGGCUUUACAGAGGAGUCGCAGCGCCAAUUUUUGGAGCCGCGGUAGAAACUAGCAGCUUGUUCUUCAGCUACCGAAUAUCCCAAGACUUGCUAUUAGCAACAGCGUACAAGCGUGGUUACGAGAGGAGUGAUUUGCCAAUGAAUGCGUUGCUCCUCUGUGGGGGCAUGAGCGGCGCUUUCACCAGCCUGCUCCUUACUCCUAUUGAACUUGUGAAAUGUCAGAUGCAGAUACCACCAGAAGCUGGCUCAAAGCGUGGUCCGCCUAUGGCCAAAGUGAUCGGGAAUCUCUUCCGCCACUAUGGUGUUCUAGGCUUUUGGCACGGACAACUGGGCACUUUGAUUAGGGAGACUGGUGGAAGUGCAGCUUGGUUUGGGGCGUACGAGGGCACUUCAGCUCUGUUUAGGAAGCAAAAUGCUCAAAAAGAAGCCGCGUCGAAAUCAUCCGCCCCAGAGCUUUCCACGAGCUCACGGCCUCCGGCUUUGCCGGUCUGGCAGCAAUUAGUUGCGGGCGCGUCGGCAGGCGUCAUCUACAACUUUGCUUUCUUCCCUGCUGAUACCAUCAAAUCCCGCAUGCAGACUGAGCAGAUCGGGCCAGUCGUUUCUCGUGCUGAAUCAGGCGUUGCCAGGCCUAAUACUACUGGAAAUCCAAAGACAGUCUUUGAGCCAGAGCUUAGUACUGGCAUGGCAAGACAGACAUUUUGGUCAGCAGGCAAGGCGCUUUGGAAUCAGCAAGGUAUCCGCGGUAUGUAUAGAGGCUGUGGUAUCACGGUUUUGCGAGCGGCGCCUAGCUCUGGCUUCAUUUUUGCCGUGUAUGAAGGGCUCAGAGGUUGGUGGGGCUAA